UUAUCAGCUGAUCCUGCUGGCUGUUGUUGAUGCCUGAAGUUGCUGUUGUUUGGACACCGUGUCGCUCUUAUCUGCUCCUGACAUUGAAGAGACAUUAAACCCCGAGAGAGGGACACUGUGGGCAUUCACCGUUUGAAUAUCUAAAGAGAAUCAAGGGAAGCGUCGUGUCUUUAAGACUUUAUAUUCUGUCGACAGGAGAGCAGCUAGCCUCUUCAGCUUGAACGGUGAAGAGAAGAAAAACAGCCGACGGCUUGGCGUGUUUUCUUUGUUUAUGUCGUGCCAGUCUCAACCGCGGAAUCAGUUUUAUUUGCCUCGAAUUUAGUUUUUUGUUUUCCUGCACAUACAUUAUUUAUAUUUAUGCUCAUUUACCAUAACACGGAGAGCAGCUAGCUCGUAUGCUAACGUUAGCACAGUGUUGUUGUCAAGCUUUCGUAACCGCCCGACAGUGACUGAAAACAGGGACUGACAGACGAAGAAGUCGGGCUGGAGGAAUUAAUGUCGUGCCUCUGUGUUUUUUUCUUAUUAUUCCCACAAUCUGUCACUUGUUAGUUGCUUUGUUGAACUGUUAUAGCUGAACAAGUUGUUUUUCUCUCAAAGCGUUUGAGACGUUUUAGUCUGUUAGUCAUAGUCAUCUCUUUGUUCAGUCCUGAAUUUGAAUCAAGUGAGUUCAUGUGUUUUGUUUUUUUAAAAGGUACAUUUUUACGUACACAAGCAAGUAGUGUGUAAAGUGACAGCUGGCCUUGUACGUUUCAGGCUGACAGGUUGCGUCAUUUGUUUGUGUGCAGGCUGUGAGUCUAUGCAGUGUAUCUGUUCACCUCUUAUUUGAAACCUCUGUAUCUCUGUUAGCUGUAGGUACUCAGCCUCAGGUGCUGUUGUGGAUGUCAUUUUAAAUAUUUAACACAUUUUGUCAUUCUCCUCUCAUGCGACAUGUAAUGAAGUGACCAUAUUUCACUGUACUUUAUAGAUUUAGUAGCUGUUUCAUGUUCACACUCUUGAAUUUAGUAGCUCUGUGAAAAAAGAAAAAAAAAUGAAUUGAAGUUGCUACCUGAGGCUAUUUUGAGACAGUGGGUGAAAUCAGGGAGAGACAGGCUAAAAGAAAGGGUCCCUCAGAGGGGUCCCAUUGUGUCUUAAGGUGAGCUGAGCUGCCCCCCCCCCACUACUUGCCAAUGCUGGAUCUGGAGGUGGUGCCUGAGAGAUCACUAGGAAAUGAGCAAUGGGAAUUCGCCUUAGGGAUGCCAUUGGCCCAGGCCAUCUCUAUUCUUCAGAAACACUGCCGCAUCAUCAAAAAUGUCCAGGUGCUAUACAGUGAACAGACGCCACUCAGCCAUGACCUCAUACUGAAUUUGACUCAGGAUGGGAUUAAACUGCUGUUUGAUGCCACAAAUCAGAGACUCAAGGUGAUUGAAGUCUACGACCUGAGCAAAGUGAAGUUGAAAUACUGUGGAGUCCAUUUCAACUCUCAGGCCAUUGCGCCGACAAUAGAGCAGAUAGACCAGUCAUUCGGAGCGACUCACCCUGGAGUUUACAAUGCCGCAGAGCAGCUGUUCCAUCUCAACUUUCGAGGCCUGUCCUUCUCCUUCCAGCUGGACUCAUGGAACGAAGCUCCAAAGUACGAGCCUAACUUUGCCAUGGGUUUGGCCUCCCUGCAGAUUCCACAUGGGGCAAUGGUCAAGAGGAUGCACAUCUACACGGGCAACAACCUGCAAGAAACAAGAGCUCCAGUGAUGCCGUGGGCGUGUUUUCUUGGUAACAUAUAUGCAGAUGGCGUGGAUGUCCUGAGAGACCAGGCAGGGCCUCUUGGGCUUAAACUCCGCCUUCUCACUGCAGGCUGCGGACCAGGUGUGAUGACUGAUGCUAAAGUGAGGACCAUAGAAAGAAGCAUCUACUUUGGAGACUCUUGUCAGGAUGUUCUGGGUGCUCUGGGCUCGCCACAUAAAGUCUUUUACAAGUCCGAGGACAAGAUGAAGAUUCACUCUCCAUCACCUCACAAGCAGGUUUCUUCUAAAUGUAAUGACUACUUCUUCAACUACUUCACCCUGGGAGUGGAUAUCCUGUUUGACUCAACAACACACCUGGUUAAGAAGUUUGUCCUCCACACCAACUUCCCUGGACAUUAUAACUUCAAUAUAUACCAUCGCUGUGACUUUAAGAUUCCACUGGUCAUUAAGAAAGAAGGAGCAGAUUCUCAGAGGGAGGACUGCAUCUUAACCACCUACAGCAAGUGGGAUCAGAUUCAGGAGCUGCUGGGACAUCCUAUGGAAAAACCUGUUGUGCUUCACAGGUCCUCUUCAGCCAAUAACACGAACCCCUUUGGCUCCACCUUCUGCUUUGGACUACAGAGGAUGAUCUUUGAGGUGAUGCAAAAUAACCACAUAGCAUCCGUGACCCUCUAUGGAGCCCCGCGGACCGCCAGUAAAGCCAGACCUGAGUCAAGUAGUAGUUCCCACUGAACGAGUGACCAUGACCAUAUCCCAUUUGGCCUCUCCUGAAUUUAGUACCUCUACUGACUGAACCUCUAACCCAGAGCCAGAUUCUUAACCAAGCAGACCUGAACCAGAACAACACAAAUAUUCUUGCUCAGCUCAUAUGCUACUCAUUUAACAGAACACAAAAUCAGACCUGGAAUUGAUCAACUAUUGUCUGGGGUUCCUGAGACGCAGUCCUUUCAGUCCGCUCAAUAAACCCACCCUGGACAAGGAUCUGGUGUCAUGGUUUCUGUGCUGAAGUGCUGAUGCUUUGACAUGAAAACAAUGUAAACUCUAGUAGAGAUCAACUGUUUCCCCGUCUCCAUGCUGCUUCUGCAUGUACCGAGGGACCACAGAAGAAGACGUCUUCAGACUGCAGUUAGGAAGUCAUGGUUUACCCAGUGAGACGUGACAGCAGUCUGUACAUGACAGUAACCUCCAUGGCAUCAUGGUGGAUGAAUGAUCAGCAUUUUAACAUCAUCUGCAACAAAACUCAGUGUUUAACAUCAAACAGAGAGUUGUGGAGUUGUAUCACCGCCAAUAAAAAAAACUGCUGCAGCCAAAGUCUUGAAACCCCACUCUGGCUUGGCCCACUGAAUACACAUCUAACCAAUCACACUGCCAGCACAACCAGGCAGUACGGCCUGUCUUCCUGCCACAACUUAAGAACCAUCUUCAAGACCCCGGACACAGCCGCAACCAGCCCAACCCAGAGCCAUCAAGAAGCGAAGAGAAGAACCAAACACACUCUUACAGUUUGGAGCGACAAGUGGCCCCUCAACACAACCCGAGACAUCCGGUGACCAGAUAUGAAGCCAAACGAUCGAAAACAUCCAUCAUCAUCAGCACUGUUAAAGAUCUCCUCCCUCUUUCCUCUUUACUGUUCUACAACUGUCUUCAGUGGUGCCCACACACACACACACACACACACACACACACACACACACACACACACACACACACACACACACACACACACACACACACACACACACACACACACACACUAGCACGCACACAGCUGUAAGAACUUUAUUAACCCACAGACAUUUGAUGCUGCGGACAUUUGUGUCUGUGUCCUCGUGAGCAUCUGCAUUUGAUUGGUCGCUGGUUUUAAAAAGGGACAUUUGAGCAGACUUUAAUUCAAGCACACAUACACACAUACAAACACACACAAAGCAUUUCAGUCCCUUCACGUCUAUACUCACAUGUAUUUCUAAUACAUGAGAGCCGGUUUAUCUUUUGCUCAGACAUGCAGGCAUGACACAAGAAUUUGCAUGAACUUGGCUGACAUUUUGGGAAAAGGUGAGAAUAAUUACAAGCACAAACUGGCAACCUGAUUGUUGUUAUUUGAUGUUGUGAGGGGCAUUGUCCUGGCACACAGUUUGUUUUUAUUUCUCUCUGCCCUGCUUCACACACACACACACACACACACACACAACCAUGACCAUUUUUUUUGUAUUCAUUUUAAAAACAACCAUCUUUCCAUUUGCACUAAAACACACCUUUUUACUUGAUUGGUUUUUAUGUUUGAUCCUCAGAGAUGGUUUUGUGGAGACCUUUGGAGAGAUAGCGGUGUGUGUGUUUGUGUGAAUGUGUGUGAGUUUGCAAGAUGCACUUUUGCGGAUGUCCUCUGUUCAUCUCCACUUUCUUCAUCUCCACAUCUGACUGAUACAUUGCAAUUCAUCCCUUGGCGGUGUCUGCGUUUAUUUCUUUGUUGAAUUGCCAAAAGCUGUAGCCAAAGACGUUUCAGGAUAAUUCAUUUGAUUUGAUCCGCUGACAUUAUCACUGUAAUCUUCUGUCUAAAACCGGACCCUUUGGAGAGAGUGGCUCCCUUUCCUCUGUACCUUUUGUUUCCCGCCGGCGAGUCAGAGAAAGUCCAUGUGAAGCCUUUAAAUCCAGCUCCUGGUUUCUGAGACUUCUGACAGUAAUGGCACAAGAUGACAAUAGCUGCCUGAUAUGAGAGGCUUGAAAAACAAUGUGCUUGUUGUUCAUCUGCCAGAUGACAUACCUACUACCUUCACCCCUCCUCUGGCUGUCUCUGGUUCAGUGGUUAUUUAAUUUAAAGAAUCCACAUGAUUGUUCUAUGGAAUUCUUACAUUUGGAUAACAGGACAGACCAUCAAGCAUUCCAUCGUCCUAACUUUUGUUUUGACUCUUCCUCCCUAUCUUUGCUUUGAAGACUUUUCUUUAAUCAUAAGCAUUUGAAUAAACUGUGUAUUAACUAUAAUACACAUAUUCUCUUUUAUUGUCCUGGGAUGCAAAUGCCAUUUUGUAUUUUUCUGUGUUGCUAAAUGUUGAUUGUUUUUUUUUUUUUAUCAUCACAUGUGAAGGCAUCAGGGUUAAAGUCAGCGUCUGUAUACGUGAUACACGCUUGGUUGGCUGCUUCUAAAUAUAGGAUUUUUUUUUUCUAAAUUGUUGAUUUUUUUUUCUUUAAGUUGAUCAGUUUAAACUUUGCUUCAUGUUGGUCUUUAAUUGUGUUCUUCUCUAGGUUUUUCUACAUCAAUUAACCACCUCGAUGGAGUCGAUCGAUCAAUUGUCUGAUUUUAAUCUUCCCUGAUUCAAAAUGCCUCCACAAUCAUCUCUAACCAGCAGCAUCCACAAGCAGCACACAGUUUAUUCCAGGUACCUGAAAUAACAUGGAAGCUUUUUCACCACAUUUUCUAACAGAUAUCAUUUAUCUCUUAAAGUUCCUGUGAGGAAGUUUCAGUUUGUCCAAAGGGGGGCGCUAUAACUGACACAAAGGGAUACGUCUUAACUUUACUGAUCUUGUUUGGGACCUGCGUAAGAAGCAUUUUCUGACAGAAAGAAAUAACAUUAAAAUGUGUGCGAUUAUUGUCAGUAUUUGCAGAGUAUAAUGUAAAAGAGAGGUCCUAAAAUGUUGUUCAUGGUCUUGUCUGACACCUUCCCUGUACGUUGCAGCAAAACUAUAGAAAUGAUCAAUGUUGCUGAGAGUCUUGUGGGUCAUAUAGAGGGCUGACUAGUUAUUUAAGUCUGUUUCAGAACCAGAUACAAACUCCUUACAGGGGCUUUAAUUUCUGAUUCACUAAAAACCUGAUGACAGCAGAACUUUUUAGUUUUAUCAAAAUACUUUUUUUUUUUUGGCAUAAUUUGACCUUUCUGUUCGGACAGUUAGGGAUCAUUUUUGAGGUCAUUUAAUGCCCAAACGGCCACAUGAAAGAGCAUUAGAAGAAAAGAGUUUCAUCAGAUGGCAUCCAGCCCGUACGGCCCUGAUGCUUGGAGUUAAGAUGUUGAUGUACAUGCUGUAAAUAGUUGUGUGCUCUUAUUCCAGUGUCCUCUUUAUUAACGUGAUCUGACUCAGGCGAUGGCUGAGUAUCUUAAUAAUCCUCCAUGAUACUGAUCAUACCCCCAACUCAGGAGGAGGCUUCAGCUCACACACGACUCGUAAUCAAUCACUGGAAGCUUUUUUUUUUGACUCUGGACCACUCAGUAUUGAGACAUAUUAUCCUGUAACGCUAAAGGCUGCAAGUACACACAAGUGUUGGGUGUGCGAGUAAUAAGUCCUGCUUCAGCUCUGCUUGACCUGCUCUUUUUUUAAAGCUCAGUAAAGCCACUAAAUACAAAGCUCCAUAGAAGCAGACAGAGGAAGCGAUAUCUGUCUUGAGAUUUUCUCUGAAAAAGCUGUUUUAGUGAUGUCUUUGUAGAGUGGACAGAAUCUGACUGAGGCCAGCACUGGCAUGUUGCUGGAUGUUAUACCGCUUGUUUACACUAAAAGAAGCAACAAGUAAGGUGAAGCGGUUUCUGGAAGCAGGAGAGAGUAGAUGAAAUAUUAAAUAUGAAUUGAAACACAUAAACUCAUCUUUUCAUCAGGCUUCCAGCGUUAAGAUUUUCAAGAUGGCUGUCCAGCAUGUCUAAUGAACUUUAAACUCAAAGGUCCCCUAUCCUCUGGUCUAUCUGCAUCUCGCGUUAAAUGGGGAAACGGAUGUAAUAUAACAUGAAAGCUAUAUUCAAACAUUUCCCUAAAACUUGCUGUUCUGCAAAGUUGGGGAAAAGAAAAAAAAACUGUUGAACAUUGUGCCUCAUCUCCCACCGAGCCUGUCUUUGACUUCUGUCUCUAUCUCCUCUGUAAAAAGGAAUCUCCUUGUAAAUACAAUUUGAGAUUGCAUUUGAACUGCAUCAUUGUACAGUACAUACAGCGUGUGUGUGCGUCACUGAGCAUUAGCAACAAGCUAACAUGUAUUUGGCCGUCUCAGCCAUUUUAGUUUUUCUGUUACCUGUAGAGAAUGGCAAACGGCUGGUUGGGUCGGGUUUCCCAAAACGAGGAUGAGUUUUUCACCAAUAUUAUUUUUUUACAAGGUGCAUGUGUUGAUAACUAUUAGAAAAAACAAGAUACGUGUGGAAGUUUUAACCACCCUUAAAAGCUUAUCAUAGUUAGUUUGGAAAGCAUGUUUGUAGCAUUGCAAAACAUGGCAUAAAAAACCUUUAAAGAAAGACUAAGAUGCAUGCUGCAGAAUUUCAUUAUAAACUGAAGGGAAAAUAUUUCCCUGAAGUCCCAAAAAGUAAAGAAAAACUUUUGUGUGCACAAUUAUUAUUUUUUACUUUUUGGGCCUUCGGGACUCUGUUAUUUCUUGUCUCCGUCCAAACUGAAUUUAAAUACUAAAAAAGUGCUUAAAGCUACCUUGAGCUGUUUUGCCUUUAAAAAGAAUUGGUGAAUUAUGGAAACAAAUCAUGAUCUAAAAAAAGAUUGUACCCAUCACCCCAAUUUUGGUAAACCCAACCCCAGUGUCAUAGAUGGUCAGUGUUGUGAGGAUGCUUUGUUACCGAGAGACAGAGGGAGGAGUGUUAGGGUGCUGGGGAGUUAAUCUCACCCAAACUCAGGUGGACAUAUCACAUAUCUUGUUUUUCUAAAAUGUUAAAGUGAGAAAAACAAGUGAAAUCAGGAGGUCUGCGUGGCUUUGAGCUUCCACUUUUUUUUGUUGCAUUUUCUUUGUAUUAUUUUAUUGAAUGCAGGAAUGAAUGAUUGUCCUAAAAAGAUUGUUGUAAUUUAUAAUGGACAGCUUUAGUCCAGUGUAUUGAUAAUCUCAUAUUAAGGCUUUGUACUGUCUCUUAUUGGUACCAUAUGUUCUGUUGCCCGUCUUGCUUCUCCCCAGAAUAUUUUUUUGUGGACAUUUUAAACCCAUUUCUGGAAAUGGGUGAGUUAUACAUUCAGUUAAACAUUAAUUAAAACUUGUGAAAUUCAUUGGAAUGUGGUGUUUUAUAUUUUGAAUACUGUAACUUUGCGUAUGAUGACAUAAGUAGAUUUAUUCAGCAUGUCCACAGAAAAACCGGCAAUAACAAAACCAUGUAGGGCAAAGAGAAGGACGAGGAUGACUGAAAGCUUUGCUACUUUUAACUGUGUUUAAUGAGGGGUGACGAGAUGAGCUGCUGCUGUGCCAUCUCUAACCACUCCAAUGCAACAUUUGGACUUUCAUGAAAUCCAAUGCUCACUGUUCAUUGACAGUCCAUCUUUUGUGUGUGCAACCAGGAUAUGAAAAAAAACAAUAAAAAAUGUGGAUGUGAUAAAGA